GUAUCCCAGGAAGGCAGAAGAAUAUAUAGUCCAUGUAUAGUCCCAGCCAUAAUCAGCAGACCACAUCAUUUAGACAUCCUGUGACAGGACAGGUCUCUCCAGAAAAUAUUGAAUUUAUUUUGCGAGAAGAACAGAAUUCAUCUAUGUCCAAGCAACAAAUAAACCAAAGACCUUCAAGCAUGGUCAGUGAAACGUCCACUGCAGUAACUACAUCUGCUGUUGAUACAAAACCUGGCUCUAAGAUUGUGAAGACUGGAAGCAAAGUGCAUAGCUUUGGAAAGAGGGAACAAGCUAUCAGGAGGAAUCCCAAUGUUCCUGUUAUAGUAAGAGGCUGGCUACACAAACAGGAUAGCUCUGGAAUGCGAUUAUGGAAAAGGCGAUGGUUUGUGCUUGCUGAUUAUUGUUUGUUUUACUACAAAGACAGCAGAGAAGAAUCUGUUCUGGGGAGCAUACCCUUGCCUAGUUAUGUCAUAUCUCCAGUUGGACCUGAAGAUCGUAUAAAUCGCAAGUUUUCUUUUAAGGCUGUUCAUACAGGUAUGCGGGCAUAUAUUUAUAAUAAGAAUUCUGUUAUUGGCUCUCAGGCAGAGCAUUCAGGGAUGAGGACAUACUACUUCAGUGCUGAUACCCAGGAGGAUAUGAAUGGCUGGAUCCGGGCUAUGAACCAAGCUGCUCUUAUGCAAACACGCUCUUCACUGAAGAGAGAAACUGAAAAAGUGGAUCAGCAAGCUGUUCCCCAAGUCAAUCAUGUGGAUGCCAGUAAAGGGUGUGUGAAGGGAGAGAUUACAGAUACAAAAGAAAGUUAUCCAAAAUCAGCUGAAAUGCUUGGAUAUGAUAAGCGCGAAGAGAUAAGAAGAGAAAAGGAGGAGGAGGAGCCUUAUAUUCACAGAAAAGGAACUCUGGAAACUAAAAAGGGAAAGGCCAAGCAUGUGUUAACAGAAGCUGAUUCAUUAUUUCCAGACUUAACGAAUGCAUCGAAGGCAUCGUGGUCCCAAGUAGCUCAACCUCAGCCAGCUGAGAAGAAUGGAACCCUUCCUAGUUCAUUAAGUGUGAGUGCUGGCCUAGUGGAGCAGAAUGGUACUGGCUCAUAUAAAAGAGGGUUUGUUCCCAGAGCAAAUCCAGAUAAGCAGUUUCAAAGAAAAAGUAACAUGGCUCAAGUGGAACACUGGGUAAAAGUCCAAAAAGGAGAUACAAAAAGCCUCACUUCUGAUCAGACUCUUCCACGUCAGGGUCCCAAUCCUCCUUUUCCUGAAAACUAUCACACUUUGCCAAAGAAUACCAGGCAGCCUUCAGGGAGCUCACCACCACCAAACCGCAAUCUACCGAGUGACUACAAAUAUGCACAGGAUCGUGUUAGCCACUUGAAGAUGUCCCAGGAGGAAAGGAAAGCAAAUAAGGAUGGAACUGUUUGGCAGCUGUAUGAGUGGCAGCAGAGGCAGCAAUUUAAACACGGCAGCCCCACUGCCCCGCUUUAUGUAAGUUCUUCAGACUUUAUUGAUCGUGGUAAGUCAAAAAGUUCAUUAGAUGUUCCACGAUCAAUAUCUGUUCCACCCUCUCCAUCUGAUAUUCCUCCACCUGGACCUCCAAAAAACUUUCUCCCAAGGAGACCACAUACUCCUGCAGAAAGGCUUACAGUUAAACCAUCUGAUGAGAGACAGACUGUAGACGUUCCUUUUGCUGGAUCACCCAGGAAGAUACGAAAUCAUGCUGCAAAGAGCUCCACUCACCUGGACCGGCGCUCCAUGCCUGCCGUGGGCUACAUGACACACACCGUGAGCGCGCCCAGUUUGCACGGCAAGUCGGCUGAUGACACUUAUAUCCAGUUGAAAAAGGAUCUGGAGUAUUUGGAUCUAAAGGUGACAGGACGUGACACAUUAAAAGAAAGAAGUACAAAACCUGUCAAGAUUGCAGAAAGUGAUAUUGAUGUGAAGCUAAGCAUUUUCUGUGAGCAGGACAGAAUUCUGCAGGAUUUGGAGGACAAAAUAAGAGCCCUUAAGGAGAAUAAAGAUCAGCUGGAGUCUGUUUUGGAGGUUUUACACAGGCAGAUGGAUCAGUACAAAGACCAACCACAACAUGCAGAAAAAAUAUCUUACCAGCAGAGACUUUUGCAAGAGGAUCUUAUACGUAUUCGGGCUGAAAUAUCCAAAGUUUCAACGGAAAUGGAAAAUGCCUGGAAUGAGUAUCUGAAAUUAGAAAAGGAUGUGAGCCAACUGAAAAAAGCCUUACAGGAACAGAUGAACAGUUCAUUGCUAUCUCAGGAGAAAACACAAAUACAAAAAGACUUGUGGAGAAUUGAAGAUGUUACAGCUGGCUUGAGUGCAAAUAAAGCAAACUACAAAACCAUAGUAGACUCUAUUAAGAAUCCAGAGAGAAAAACAGUGCCUUCAUUUUCUCAGUCUUCAGUGCCUUCCUUACCAGCUUCCCUUGCAACUGCGGAGAACAAACUUCCAGUUGCGCAGAGCCCUCCACGCAGCCCCGUUAAAUCCCCCCUGGAGGUCAGGCUGUAUCCACAGCCUUAUUUCCAGACCAGAACACAGCACCAAGCACAGCAGCUGAAAAAAAUCGAGCCACCUCUUCAGUCACCAGUUAAGCUCAAGCCAAAGGUUGAAGAUGAAGCACCACCCAGACCUCCUCUCCCGCAGCUGUACAGUCCUGAUGAUCAGCCACCAGCUGUUCCACCUCUCCCGAGAGAAGCCACUGUCAUCAGACACACAUCAGUGCGGGGCCUGAAACGUCAGUCAGAUGAGAGAAAGAGAGACAGAGAACUCGGACAAUAUGUAAAUGGAGAUUAUAGGGUGGAACUGCGUUCAUACAUGAGUGAACCAGAACUGGCAAUGAUAGGGGGUGACCUCAGCCAUCCUUCCAGUGCUUUAAUAAACCCUGACAGUGGAUACCAGACAUUACCUACCCGUGGUUUGUCUGGAUCGACUUCCAGAUUGCACCAGUCAUCUACCAUUUCAUCGUUUGCAACACUUCGAAGGGAUAGGUCCAAGGAGAGACCAAAGAGUGCCUUGGAACGUUUAUACUCUGGAGACCACCAAAGAGGCAAGAUGAGUGCGGAGGAACAACUAGAAAGAAUGAAGCGACAUCAGAAGGCAUUAGUUCGUGAGCGCAAGAGGACUCUUAGCCAAGGAGAAAGGCAGUCUGUCUCAUCUCGGUCUUUCAUCAGGCCUGUUUCUGCAGACGUAGGCUCAUGGAAACGAGAGCAAGAAUUUGAUUUGCAGUUACUUGAGAGGGCAAUUCGUGGAGAAGAGAAGGAUGAGAAUGAAUGGUUAAAAGUUCAGCCAGUAGCAGUGACAGAGACAGACCUGGAGCCUCAAGACUAUGAUUUAGAUAUCAGCAGAGAGUUGUCAAAACCUGAGAAGGUUGUAAUUCCAGAACGUUAUGUUGAACUGGAGCCAGAAGAGCCUCUUUCUACUGAAGAACUGGCAGCAAGGCAGCGUAAAGCAGAAAAGAUAAAGAAUAUUCUUACUAAAUCAAGUAUGCACAAUCUACAGCCUACUGUAGCCCAGGACAAACACAACUCGAUUGAUUUAGAUUCACAGCUGCAAGAGCAGGAGCGCAUCAUUACCAUAUCAUACGCUUUGGCUUCUGAAGCCUCUCAGAGGAGCAAGGAGGUAGCAGCUCAGCAGUUGACCUAUCCACCUAAAGCACCCUCACCUUCUGUACCACAGCCACCUCACUCCCCCUUAAGCAAUGGAUUUCACUACACAUUUGUUUAAACACCUUAAAAGUAAGAACUAACUGCUCUCGGCAUGUCUGAUUUGCCAUUGUGCCUGUGCUGUGGCUUGCUACAUUUUAACAUCUUUACUAAACCGAAAUUGGAUCCAAAUGAAAGCAUGCAGCUAUUUUUCCUGAAGCCUUUCAUUCUUGUAAACAUUGCUUCUAAUGAGCUAACACGUGGGCUUCUGAAGUCUUCAGGUAACUCCUGUUGCUCUACAGAGGAGGUGCUUCCA